GUGAGUAAACAAUGUCCCUUGAUCCGUAAAGCAUCCAAAUGCCAAGGUGGUCCAAGCUCCUCAGACCUUAUUCGGUGACAGCACUGAACCGAUCUCUCCAACUGCCACUACGAUUCUGCAUCUGGAGACAAACUUCACAACAACCAACAUGACUCGGAAGACUUGACAUUUGUAAAAAGCGGCGCGCGCCGCCUCGUGACCCCUAACAACUAAUACUACCAUUUUCGGAUCCGAAAAAUCCAACAGAACAUCAAAUAUGUCCUCCCUUGCGACAACAGCAGCCGGCACCCUCCGAAUGCGGAUUCCCUACCGGGAGCUUCCUCCCCCGACCACCAUUAUUCCUGCCACUGCCACGACCCUCCCCGGCGCCGUCGCUGCUCUCAAGUCAUUCCUCACCACCCCCCCGCCGUCCGGGUUACCCGACCGAACUGUCAUCCUCACCGGCGCCGGCCUUUCCGUGGCCAGCGGCUUAGCCGACUACCGCGGCGUCAACGGCACUUACCGGGUUAACAAGAAUUACAAGCCCAUUUUCCACCACGAGUUCCUCACCAGUCACGAGACGCGCCAGCGAUACUGGGCACGGAGCUACAUCGGAUGGAGGGGUCUGGGACGGGCCGGCCCGAACCCGGGACACCACGCGAUCCGGGACCUGGGGGACCUGCUCGCCCAGCGCUACAGCAGUGGCGGCGGCGACCAGAACAGCAACAAGAGCAUCACGGGCGUGAUCACGCAGAACGUGGAUUCCUUCCACAAGAUGAGCCAUCCGGAAAUACGAACCGUCGAAUUGCACGGGAGUCUAGCCUCGGUUGUUUGUACAUCGUGCAAGAACCAGUUCCCUCGAGACGAGUAUCAGACCACACUGGCCAGGCUCAACCCCAUCUGGGCCGAUUUCCUUCGCGAGGCGCUGGCGUCGGGAGCCCUGGAGACGGAGGAUAUCGAGGAACGGAACAAGAGGGGGAUCAAGAUGAACCCGGAUGGCGAUGUGGAUCUGGCCGAGGCACCUUACACCACGUUUCGUUACCCAGCAUGCCCGUCAUGUUUGAAGGAGCCGCCGCGCCUCGGAGAUGGUACCAAGACACGGGUGGAGAUUGACGCAGAUGGCGCCUGGAUACCGUCCAGCACUGCGGGAGUUCUCAAGCCGGCGGUGAUCAUGUUUGGAGAGAGUAUAAGUGCCGAGGUCAAGCGAGACGCGGAAAAUGCCAUCGACAAUGCCGGACGAAUGCUCAUCCUGGGCACCUCCCUGGCGACCUACUCGGCCUGGCGGUUGGCACAGCGGGCUAAACUCCGGGGAAUGCCAAUUGCCAUUGUGAGCAUCGGUGGUGUGAGGCGCGAAGAGAUGUUCUUUGAAGAUCUGGACCCUAAAAUGGCCGGUUUUCAUGGGGUUAGAGUGGAGAUGGCUACUGAAAAGCUAUUACCGGCGCUCGUGGAGGAGCUCAAAAGUUAUAACAAUGGAGCCAUGGUGACCGAGGUGCCCAUUGGUACGGCGUUUACGAGCGGGUCCCCUAACGAGCGCCCGUCUUUAAUAGAAUAAUAGACGUGCUGUCAUCUUAGAAGAAGGCACCCUUGAGGGCUGCGGGAGAAAUCUUGGGCGUUGUCUCCGUUUCGGUCUGGGUCUGCGUUUGGGGUUGUU